CAACCAAGAGGCGUACCUCAAACAAGAUACAUUUAAUUUAAUCAACUCACUAACACUUAGGAAUGCCCUUUGAUCUGACUCUCCAAUGACCUCUGCCACUAUACAGCUGCCAAUGAUGUCAAUCCUCCGAUCCUCGGUUAUUCCACAUGCUCGACGACAAUCAGCAGCUUGAAGCAUAAAGGUAUGCUAUCUACCAUUGAACCUGGCACGAACCUCGACGGUCCCCUUCGCAAUCCAUACUAUUCUCAGAGCCUGAAUCCCACGCUUCAACCCCUACCAGUUAAACCAGAGGCUCUCCGCAUAAACCUCCGCGACUCUUCCAUUGCCCCGGAUUCACCCCGCAUCGACUUAUCUCACUCCACCACAAUCACCACCAUCAUCCACUCCCCCUCCCAAAUUCUCAAACAAAGACACCAACUCCCUACCAACAUGCCAACACCAACCCCCCUCGAAGAAAAGCUACGCAUCCUCCACAACUACUCCGCCUGCGACGUCUCCGAUGCGCUCCUCAAACUCCAAACCCCAGCCCCAGGAGCCCCCGCCCGCGCCGGCCACCUCGCCGACCUAAUCUCAACCAUCAAAUUCAUCUCCAAACACGACGAUAUCCCCGCAGCGAGCAACGACAAUGCGCACACCAUCCCCCCAAACACGCACUGGGUCGACACCGUCGACCCGGACACCAUCGUGGUUAUCGACCAACCCCCAACCCAACACUGCGCGGUCGUGGGCGGGAUCAUGGCGCUGCGCAUGAAGCACCUAGGCGUGAAGGGGGCGGUGGUGAACGGGCGCGUGCGCGACCUCGCCGAGUUUAUGGAGUGUGGGCUCCCUGUGUGGGCGCGGGGGACAUCGACGGUGGGGAGUGGGGCGGAGGCGAAGGCGGUCGCCCGCAAUGUCGCUGUUGAUGUGGGUGGGGUGGUUGUUGAGCCUGGAGAUAUCAUUGUCUGUGAUCCGGUGGAAGGCGUGGUGGCUAUUCCGCGCGAUCUGCUCGAUGCCGUUUUGGAGACGAUGCCCAAGUUGGUGGCGAUGGAUGAUCGGGUGAAGGAGGCUGUGGGGCAGGGUGUCAGUGUGCUCGAUGCCUUUAAGCGGUUUCGUGGGAAGAUUUAG